GCGGGCCGGGCAGCCGGGCGAGUCUCGAGCACCGGGCUCCAAGCGGCGCUGAGCGGCUCCAGACUCCGGUUGCGGGCGCGGCCCCGACCGGCCUUGCGCCCUGCGCCCCCGCCGAGGUCGAGCUCCAUGCGGCUGCCCACCAUGUCCGGGCACUUUCUGCUCACACCCAUCCCGGAGUCCUCCUCCGACUGCCUCCCGCCAAAGGACAUCAAGCUAGCGGUGCUGGGCGCCGGACGCGUGGGCAAGAGCGCAAUGAUAGUGCGCUUCCUGACCAAGCGAUUCAUCGGCGACUAUGAGCCGAAUACAGGCAAGUUGUAUUCCCGGCUCGUCUUCGUCGAGGGGGACCAGCUGUCCCUGCAGAUCCAGGACACACCUGGCAGCGUGCAGGCCCAGGACAGCCCCAGCCAGGCAACGGAUUCCCUGUCCAAGUGUAUGCAGUGGGCAGAUGGCUUUCUGCUGGUCUAUUCCAUCACGGACUACAACAGCUACCAGUCCAUCCGGCCCCUCUAUCAGCACAUCCGGAAGGUCCACCCUGACUCCAAAGCCCCUGUCAUCAUCGUGGCAAACAAGGGGGACCUUCUGCAUGCCCGGCAGGUACAGACGCACGAUGGUAUUCAGCUGGCCAAUGAGCUGGGCAGCCUGUUCCUUGAGAUAUCCACGAGUGAAAACUACGAAGACGUCUGUGAUGUGUUUCAGCAUCUCUGCAAGGAAGUCAGCAAGGUGCACAGCCUCAGCGGGGAGCGGAGAAGGACCUCCAUCAUCCCCCGGCCCCGCUCUCCCAACAUGCAGGACCUGAAGCGCCGCUUCAAGCAGGCUCUGUCCUCCAAAGUCAAAGCCCCCUCCACCCUGGGCUGAGCUGUCUGGGGCAAACUGUGUCCUUUUUAUUAUGCCAUGGUGCAGCUAAAAGACUGGGUCUCUCCCUUUUUAAUCACAUGUUCAGAGUUUAUUUUUAUAAAGACUUUCCUGGUUUUCAAGUGUAUGUGUGUUUCUGAAGAUUCACAGUGAUUGUCUGCAAGUUGGGUAGAAUUUUUUUUAAUAAAAUAACUUUUUUUUUUUUUAAACUGUAACUACUGGCCGGUUUUCCAUUAAAGGCAAAAUGGCAACAUUG